GAGAGAGAGAGAGAAAGUGGAGAGGCAGGCAGGCAGACGUGUUGCAACAGAUGGCUUUACCAGCAGCGGCUCGGCAGCGGCUGCACCAAGGAACUCUGAGACGGCGUUAGACACAGACAGCGGCGGAGAGAGAGGGGAGGGAGGGGUGUGAGGAAGUCGCCGUGCCGGAGCAGAGAAGGAAAAGGAGAGAGAGUGGGGUGACUUCCUUCCUCCCCGUCGUCCAUAAACUCAGUGUUCUCCUCUCAACGCAGAAGAAGACCCGUCGGCUCAGAAGUUUGGUGGAUUUGCGUAAAGGGACGGCAGCAACAGUUUGCUCGGAGGAGAUGAGUGUGUGAGCCUUCAUCCUCCUCCUCCUCCUCCUCUUCCUGCCCUGGGGUCAGAGAGGAGAACACCUGCUGACAGCGAGGAGGUCCUGAGGGAGGAGAUACAGCAGCAGGACUGAACUCAGCAGGAGAGGGGACACGAUCAACAGGUCCCUGCUGAGCCGAACACUGUUGUAACACUCAAGAGCUUCUGCACAAGAAGUUGAGAAUCCACGGGGCAAGCAGUUGAUUGGUCGAUCUUUUUGAAGCAGUCGGGAGGGGUCGAAGGCCAUGGCGGGCAGACUCCUCCUCUUCCUGUUCGUCUCAGCGACGCUCGGCCACGCCCCCUUCCAGUCCGGCCAGCGUCUGAAGCCCCGCCUCCAGAGAGACCGACGCAAUAUUCGACCGAACAUCAUCCUGAUCCUGACAGAUGACCAGGACCUCGAGCUGGGUUCAAUGCAGGCCAUGAAUAAGACUCGCCGCAUCAUGGAGGAGGGUGGGACUUCUUUCUCCAACGCCUUCGUGACCACGCCCAUGUGCUGUCCGUCACGUUCAAGCAUGCUCACGGGGAAGUACGUCCACAACCACAACACCUACACCAACAACGAGAACUGUUCCUCGAUGUCAUGGCAACGGCAGCACGAGCCACGGACCUUUGGGGUCUACCUCAACAACACUGGGUACAGGACAGCCUUCUUCGGGAAGUAUUUGAACGAGUACAAUGGCACGUACGUCCCACCUGGGUGGAGGGAGUGGUUCGGCCUAGUGAAGAACAGUCGCUUCUACAACUACACAAUGAGUCGCAACGGCGUCCGAGAGAAACACGGGGCCCAGUACCCACAGGACUACCUGACAGACCUGAUCACAGCGGAGUCGAUCCGUUAUUUCCGCUCCUCUAAGCGGGUUUAUCCUCACCGACCGGUUCUGAUGGUGCUGAGCCACGCAGCGCCGCACGGACCAGAAGACUCAGCACCGCAGUACAGCACAGCCUUCCCCAACGCAUCUCAGCACAUUACUCCCAGUUAUAAUUACGCUCCAAACCCAGACAAACACUGGAUCAUGCGUUACACCGGCGCCAUGAAGCCCAUCCACAUGGAGUUCACCAACAUGCUGCAGAGGAAACGACUGCAGACGCUGCUGUCUGUGGACGACAGCAUGGAGAAGCUGUAUAACAUGCUGGUGGAGACGGGCGAGUUGGAAAACACCUACAUCAUCUACACAUCUGAUCACGGCUACCACAUCGGACAGUUCGGCCUCGUCAAAGGGAAAUCCAUGCCGUACGAGUUUGACAUCAGGGUCCCGUUCUACAUCAGAGGACCUAAUGUGGAGCAAGGCAGCAUUAACCCUCAUAUGGUCCUGAACAUCGAUCUGGCUCCGACCAUCCUGGACAUCGCCGGCCUCGACACUCCUCCAGACAUGGACGGGAAGUCGAUACUGACAGUAAUGGACACUGACAAACCAGCCAACAGGUUCCAAGUAAACAAAAAGCCGAAGGUGUGGAGAGACUCUUUUCUGGUGGAGAGAGGGAAGCUGCUCCACCAACAUGUCGAGGGAAAGGAAGUGACACAGGAGGAGAACUUCCUGCCCAAAUACCAACGAGUCAAAGACUUGUGUCAGAGAGCCGAGUACCAGACGCCGUGUCAGCAGACCGGACAGAAGUGGCAGUGUGUGGAGGACGCCACAGGUAAACUACGACUCUUCAAGUGCAAGAACGAAGGGGGAGGGUCAAAGAGCCUCCAGAGGGGCGUGGCCGGUCUUCAGCGUCCAAUCAGCAUCAAGUCUCAGCUGUACCAACGCAACUCGGACGCCUGUGACUGCGAUUUCCGCGAACUCCGACCCCCUAACCUACGGCCCUCCAUGUUGAGGCCGUUCAACAAGAAACCUUUCUUCUCCAAGAAGAAGUUCAAAGCACUGAAGAGUUACUCCAGAAACCGUUUCACCCGCUCGGUAUCCAUGACGAACAGUUACCCUGGUAACCGCAGCCACUCUGACGAGUCCGACGACGAAUACAGCGGGAUGGGAGGUGUUCCCGGUGUCGUGGCCCUGCCCAACUCCAUCAAAAUCACACACAGAUGUUCGAUUCUGUCCAACGCCUCAGUGAAGUGUGACACAGGAGUGUAUCAGUCCCUGCAGGCCUGGAAGGACCACAAGCUGCACAUAGACCACGAGAUUGAGACUCUGCAGACCAAGAUAAAGAACCUGAGAGAGGUCAGAGGUCACCUGAAGAAGGCCCGCCCCCUGGAGUGUGACUGUAACAAGUACCUGUAUAAAUCCAAAUUGAAGAACAAGCUCAGGUUGCGAGGCGGCGGCAUGCAUCCCUUCAGGAAGGGCGGGGCUCGGGACAAAAAGGCGUGGCUUAUGAAGGAGCAGAAAAGGAGGAAGAAGAUGAGAAAGAUGAUCAAGAGGAUCAAGAACAAUGACACAUGUUCGAUGCCUGGACUCACCUGCUUCACACAUGACAACCAACACUGGCACACUGCACCCUACUGGACACUGGGUUCCUUCUGCGCGUGCACCAGUGCCAACAACAACACAUACUGGUGUCUAAGGACCGUCAACGAGACCCACAACUUCCUGUUCUGUGAGUUUGCCACCGGCUUCCUGGAGUACUUCGACCUCAACACAGACCCGUACCAGCUGAUUAAUGCCGUCAGCUCUUUAGAUCGAACGGUUCUCAACCGACUUCACGUUCAGCUGAUGGAGCUCAGAGCCUGCAAGGGACACAAGCAGUGUAAUCCUCGCAUACGCUCAGUGGACCUGGCAGGAGGACGGGAACAUGGCAGUUUUGAUGACUACAGGGUGUUUGAGAGGAGGAAGUGGCCGAGAGUCAAGAAACCUUCAUCAUCUCGAACCCUUGGUCCGAUCUGGGAUGGCUGGAAGGGCUAAGCCUCCUGAUUGGUUGGACCAGGCGCCUGACCCCGCCCGCAGCAGCGUGAAGGAGCGGGGCAUGGUAGUUGCGAUGGCAGUGGCGUUUGGCAACCAUGCCCCCCACCUCACCGGUCUGCCACUCAGCUUCUGCCAUUUCUUCAGCCCUCCCACCCUGCUGCUCAGGGAGACGCUGGGACCAAACACCCGACAACGCACCUCUUCAUCAGCUGCUCCUCCUCCUUCCUCCUCAGCUCCCCUCUUCUCCUUUGAGGAGGGGAGCUCCAGGGGGAGGAGGAUUAGGAAGAUGGCGUUGAUGAGGAGGAGGAGAAAAAAAUUCCACAGAAAACCAUAACGUAAAUAGAGCUUAAUUAAAUGAAAGAUUUAACAUAAUAUCAAACGACUUUUAUUAAAAAAAAAAGUCCAGACUUUCUCCUCCUCUUACUCUCUCCUCUUCCUCUCCUCCUCCUCCUCCUCAGGGGACCUCCCAGCGGCCAUAUUUGUUUUACAUGUUCAUAUUUAGUCUCUAACCGCGUGUAAAGACAUUAAAGGACCAGUCCACCCUGUUUUUGUUGUUAUUAAACUCUGAGACAGAAGACUGAGACAGAAGCAGACAGACAAAUCCUUUAACUUGAGCUUUACUGAUGACAGAGCAACAUUUGUACUAACCCUGGUGACUGACCACAGUUCCCACGAUGCCACAAGACUCAACGACAAGAACAUUUUGGAGUAAAACACCAAACAAGGAAAGCAAAAAAACAACAUAAAAGACUGUGGGAGCUUGAAAUGUUUUAAAGUCUCCUGAGCCAAUCGAAAGAGGACUACAUGAUGAGGUGACUGCAUCCAGAACUUGGCACAGCUGUUUUGUGAAUGACUAACUAGCGAAAAAAUGUUUAAAGUUAAACCUGGUAAAUAAGUUUCACUGUAAAUCAUUUAUUUUAUAACUCUUGUUAUCCAUCGAACAUCGACGUCCAAUCACAUUGUACCUUUUCAGUUCAGUGUUUCGUCCUCUGAGAUGAUUUUUCAAUUUUUUUCUGCCUUCACCCCAAACAAACCACUGGUCAAAAAGGUCCAGAGUUCUAAAUUAUAUAAAUGUUUAAUAUAACUGUAGAGAAGCAAAACUGGAUUCACACAAGAAGUGAAAAUACGAUGGAAGAAUUAAAACUUUCUGCCACAGAUAUAUAUAUAUAUAUAUAUAUAUAUAUAUAUAUAUAUUUAUAGACAUAUUAGGACAGGAUCAGAUCUGUAAGUUGUCCCUCAGAUACUCUUACACUGUUAAAAAUAUCUUGAGUUGUUGAAACCAUCUUCCCCAUACUUUCUGUGCAUCCAUCAUCAAUUGUUUGUCUGUUUGUACUACUGAACCGAUUGCCAUGAAACUUGGUCGAUGGAUGAGACCUGGGCCAAGAAAGAACCCAUUGCAUUUUGGCAUUGAUCCUGACAAAGGGGCAUAUUUUUUUUGAUCUCUUUUCUUUAAUAUUGUGAGAUUUUUAUUGACAUCUUCACAGAUUUCCCAGGGAAUAAUUAAUGGAACGUGAUGAAAAAAAUCACGCAUAUUUAUAGGACUGAUAUCUAUGAGCGUGUGAGAUUUGGUGCGGCUUGGAGACUGUUGGGCCUUGGUGGAGGUAUGAGCUCUACUGAGUGACAUUCGAGUUCACUCUUUGCUUUUAGGCAACUGACAAAAAACCUCGUUCUGGUCCCUUGUUCUGCCCCAUGUGGGUCUGUUUCCUCGUCUGUUGUGUUCUUAUAGAACCUCCACACCAGAAAGAAAGAAGCCUCUCACUCUUUGACCCUCGACUCUGACUGACACCAAAAUCAUUUGCUAUCGUUACACAUCAUGUCUUCUACCAUUAAAUCAGAGCUCGUGGUUGAUCCGCAGGGAAAAGAAACACAACACCACACAGCUGUCAUCACAGAUAUUGUGUAUAUUUUUGGAAGUGUAAAAGUGUUUGAGGGGGAUUUCUUCCUUCCUGUGUGAAUGCAGAUAACCAGUCUGCUGUUUCUCUCUACUUUUUUUUUUUUUUUUUUAAAAACCCCAGAUGUAUUUUGCUCUGCGGUGCUGUUUGCUGUCUAACAACUAUCUAGGAAAAACCUCCUGGUUGUGUUUGAAUGUAUUUGUAAAUGUUUAGGUGUGUUUUUUUUAAAACGACGAGCACUCGAACCGGGUCGUUCUGGACCAACUGAGACUGGACCGACUCUCUCUCUCACACACACACACACACACACACACACACACACACACACACACACACACACACACACACACACACACACGAACACACACACACACACACAAACACACACACACAUACACACUGAAGGACAAACUGCCGAGCACUUUGAUUGGAGGAUGGAGGGACGAUCGGACCAAUGGAGGGUUCAUGGUGACACUUGAUGACACAUGAUGGCGUGCAACCAGUGAUACUGAUCUAACACACCUGUACAUUCACCCACUGACCUGUGGAUACAGUGAUUGGUUAUAGUCUGUGAAUAAAGUGUUGAAUGCCAAACGGAA